CUACCUUACAUGGACCCACAGUUUCUGGGCUUCACAAGGAAUCAAGGGACCUACCCCUUAUCCCAUACUAGGGACCUUACUGACCAUGUUAAAGAAGGGAGUUUAUGAGGGAGAUAAGGCACUGUAUAUGCAGUUUAAGGAUGAGAGAGUUAUAGGAAUGUAUGAUGGCAGAAACCCCAACUUGAUAGUGAAAGAUGGAGAGCUCCUGAAAAGAGUUCUUGUCAAGGAUUUCCAAUAUUUCAUCAACAGAAGGGAAUUUAACCUUGACAUUGGGGAUGUGUUUAAAAAAAUGUUGUUAACAUUGAAAGAUGAUGAAUGGAGGCACACAAGGAGCAUCAUCAGUCCAACAUUUAGCAGUGGCAAAAUAAAACAGAUGAUGGAGCAGAUCAAUAUAUGCAUUGAUGGUUUUUUAAUGGCACUGGGUGAGAAAGCAGAUGCUAAUGAAAUGUUUCAGAUAAAAGAAAACCUGGCAGAGUGUACCAUGUCUAUGAUUGCAUCAACCGCUUUUGGAAUUAAGAUAGAUGGCAAUAGCGAAUCUGAGAAGGAACUCAGAAACACAUUUUUACAAAUGGCCAAUAAAUUCAUCAACCGAUCGUUAAAAAACCGAAUCGCAUUGAUAGUGGCCUUCAUUAUGCCAGUAUUCAAUUCCAUAAUUAAUUAUUUUGGACUGGCUAAAGUACAAAAAGGCACAGUUGAGUUUUAUGAGGAUAUUAUUAACCAGGCCCUGGCAAACAGAGAAGGUGAUACAAGUAGACGCAUAGACUUCUUACAGUUGAUGAUAAAGGCACAGUCGGAUGGAGAUGAUGCUAAAAAGUUCACCAAGGAACACAUCCUGGCAAACUCUCUUGUAUUCUUCCUGGCUGGUAAUGAGACAGUGUCUACUUCUUUGAUGUGGGUGACAUAUGAAAUGUCUCUCCAUCAGGAGGAACAAGAAAAAGUUUAUGAAGAGGUCAUGGAAGUAGCAGGAAAUGAGGAUGAAUUAACAUAUGACAUGUUGUCCCAAAUGACCUACUUAGAGAUGUUCAUAGAGGAGUCAAUGAGGAUCUUCCCAGCUGCCAUCAGACUAGAGAGGGCAGUCAAAGAAGACGUGACAAUAGAUGGCAUUAGAUUUCCAAAGGGUGCUAUUGUUACAAUACCAGUUUUAGGAUUACACCAUGAUCCCGAGAUAUGGCCAGAACC